AUGCUGCACUUGAGUACGCUUUCCAAUGCCCAAAAGGUGCAGAUCAGGAAUGCUUUUCUCUUGAUCGACUCUAACUCGAAGGACUCGGUGAUUUCCAAAUCAGACUUGGUCAAUGUCCACAAGACUUUGGGGGUCCCUGUACCGCCAGAUUCGGAGCUCAAGGAAAUGUUGGGUGGGGAAGAGCUGGUGAACUUCACCAAGUUCUCCCAGAUCAUGGCUUCUGAGUUUUCCAAAAUUGACGACAGAACUACUAUCUCCAAUGCGCUUCAAGUUUUUGCCAAGAAGGGACUGACACCUGCUCAAGUGGACGCUGAUAAAUUAAAGGAAGCGUGUUGUUCAGUGCAGCUUGGAGAAAUUGGCUCUGGCGACCAUAGACUACUGAGAGCUGCGUUUGAUAAGCUCACAAAGGGUUUCGUUUCUGAGCAAAUGGAUGGGUCGAAGAUCUUCAUGGCAGAAAAGUGGCUCGAUGCGUACAUCGAGUAG